GGCCUUCAAUGAACAUACACUGAAAAUAUACACUGUAUCAAUAAAGUGAGGUUAAAGAAUAUUAGCAAGAAUAUUACCAAAGAACAAAACUCUUAAAGUUCAAUCAAACUCUCAGCAUUGCCGUUAUCUUCACCUACAAGAAGUUCCCUUGCCUCGGGGUUGACUCUGUGUGACUGAGCUACACUAUAGUGGCUGUUGGCCCGUCUGUCCUAUGAGAAAAGACGGAUCCCCUGGGUGCCACAGGUGGAGUGGAGCUCAAGGGUGAGGCUCCUCUGAGACCCAUGCGUCCAGUGUGAAUGGUCCUCCUGUUCAGCUCAAAGCCUGACCCUGGGAUGGCACUUUAAAGUGGGAUCUAUCCUCACACCGGGAACUGGAAAAGAUCCAUCAGCCGGAGCUCUGGGAGCUUUCAGGAAUAUAAAUUUGAGUGACUGGUCUGAUAUCUAUUUGCUUUCUGUACCACAGGCACUUAUAGCUCCUGUCUUCAAAACAUCAAAAAUGCCAGCCUUCCAUGUUAUGCUGGUGUUUGCAGCAUUCUUUUCCAUUUUAGGAUUGGCCCAUUGUCAGAAGAUGACAAGUUUUGAUCUUCUGGAGGAAUUUCGUGUGCCCGAGUCCAACGGCGUGAAGAGAGUGGAAGGAUCUCAGCCUCAGGCAGUGGCAUACCGCGUCAAUCCCUCCAUCCAUCUACAGAGGGCCAUGAGUGAUGUGUAUCCAGAUGGACUCCCCACCGAAUACUCCAUCAUUGCAACCUUUAAGUUGAACAAGGAGACUGCCCAGACAUCCUGGAACCUGUGGCAGGUCAGUGACCCUGAGGGACGAGAGCAGGUUGGUCUUCGUUUCCAUGGUGAUGCACGUUUGCUAGACUUUUUCUAUACCAGCCCCAACGGGGGUCACAUGCUGAGGACCUUCCACGGUGUGGAAAAGUUAUUUGAUGGAGAAUGGCACAAGUUGGCCCUGAGUGUGAAGGGCAGCCAGGUGAGGCUGCUGGUAGACUGUGAGGAGGUCAAAGUGGAGUCCAUUGAUGAGCCAAGGCCAGUCAUUCGCCGGGGAUACACCUCCAUCGUCAAACGGGCUGUGGGAGACCGCUCAGUUCCUGUGGAUCUCCAGCAGAUGGAGGUUUCAUGUGACCCUGAGCAGGCUUAUUCGGAGGGCUGCUGUGAGCUUUCCAACGUGUGUGGGGGAUAUGCAGAGAUUGGGCUCACAGCUGGAAGAGCAUCUUGCAAAUGCAUGCACGGGCAGCCCGGUAUUCAGGGCCCUCCGGGGAUAAAAGGUCACAGGGGUCUUCCAGGAAAACCCGGAGACCCAGGACGACAAGGCAACUGGGGCCUUCGUGGAAAUACUGGAGACUAUGGCAACAUGGGUGAGACAGGACCAAAGGGUGAAGAAGGAAUCAAAGGAGAAAAAGGGAUGAGAGGACCCUGGGGCCAAGUGGGCGACAGAGGGCCUAAAGGGCUUAAAGGACUAAAAGGUGCAGCAGGUUUCAAGGGAGUUCGAGGAUCUCCUGGAGACAUUGGUGAGACUGGGAAACUAGGAGAAAUUGGCACCAAAGGCCUCAAAGGAUAUGUGGGAAUUCCUGGAUUUCAGGGAGUGAAGGUAUUUGUGGCCAAAAGGGGAAUACUGGUACAACAGGGAGGCCGGGGCCGAGAGGAAAGCAGGGUAUUGUCGGAGAUCCUGGAGAGAGGGGGGCUUCUGGAGAGAAGGGGAGGCCUGGGAUCCAAGGACCUGUGGGCAGAGAUGGCACAAUUGGACCAAAAGGUAUUAUUGGAGAUCCGGGUUCACCUGGAAGAGAUGGCGAUCCGGGAGGGGAGAAAGGCUCCCUGGGGCCUGCAGGAGAAAUGGGUCCCCAAGGCCAAACUGGUCCAAGAGGUUACAAGGGUUCUGCAGGAAAGCCAGGAAGACCCGGAUUUAUUGGCCCACCUGGACCUACUGGUCACGUGGGCGUGCCUGGCAAACCAGGAUCCAAGGGUGACACAGGAAUCCCAGGAAUCAAAGGAGUUAAAGGUGCACAGGGAGAAACUGGAAUUAAGGGUCCAAAAGGAAAGGUUGGAGACAGGGGUGAGCAGGGUCCACAGGGAGGACGGGGGAAGCGUGGCCCUGCCGGCCCACCUGGUCGUUCAGGUCCACUGGGAGUCAAGGGGGUACGAGGCGAGGGAGGACCAGAUGGCUUUCAGGGGCUCCCUGGCCCACCAGGUGAUCCUGGUGUUGACGGCGCUGAUGGAGAAAUGGGCCUACCAGGAUUCUACGGAGAAGCUGGAGAGCCAGGGCGACAAGGAGAAAGAGGUGACAGUGGGGAGAGAGGUGACAAAGGAGCCAAGGGUUAUGGUCUCCCUGGCUUCCUUGGAGAUCAAGGGCCACAAGGUCAGCGUGGACGUCCUGGCAGAGUUUUUAACGGCCAGCCUGGGAAGCAGGGUGAGAGGGGACAUGUUGGCCGACCUGGACUCAGGGGCCACCCAGGCCUCAGAGGACCCCCGGGUGUCUGUGUCACCUCUGGGUGUGCUCAGCUGAAUGCUACCAGUGGGACGCCUCAGCCAACAACAAGGAGGUUGAGGAAUCGUCCUUGAAUAAAUGUGGAAAAUGAACUGAAUACUGGGUUUAAAGGAGUAAAGGACUUUUUUUUGUUUUCAAGCGAUUGUUUUAAAUAGAAACUUUCAUGUAAAUAUUCAAAAUUAAACUUGGAAUGUCUUGGGAACAAAAGUUAUCAUAAAACAACAAUUUCACACAGUUUGGAGGAUAGUAAAAAAAAAGAGAAGUAUUUGUAUAAAAAGACCAUCUUCAUACUUUGUAGUAGUUUGUAUUUAAACUGAUUCACCCAAGUCUAACUUGUCUUUAAAUAUUGUGCUUUAUAAUAAAAUACAAAAAUAAAGUAAGAUUAUGAAU